AUGUCGGCCCACGUCGCAGGCCUCCACCCGGCGUCGGGCGCCUACGUGUGGCUCGUCACCGACCCGAGCGGCAACCUGGGCGUCGUCGGCACCUACGCCGGCGGCACCGUCCUCGUCAAGGAGCGCCACCAGAUGGGCCACGGCGCGUUCGCCGGCCGCGACCUGCGCAUCCUCGGCGAGCGCGUCGAGGUCGAGGGCGGCGACGCCGCCGCACCGGCGACGGCCUCGGCGGCCGGCGAGUCGUCGGCGCCCGAGCCGUCGGCGUGGGAGGCCGUCUCGUCUCCGGCAGCGCGGUCCAACAAGGGCAACACGUCGUCGUCGUCGGCGGCGACGCUCCUGAGCGAGGGCGCGCUGUCGCCGUCGUCGAUCCUGAACGCGGGCCUGUCGGCGCACCACGGCGCGCGCGUCGGCCAGAGCCUGCACCCGCUCGCGUGCAUCAGCGUGCACCCGCACUGCUACCUCGGCGACUAUGGCCUGUGGGGCCGCGACGAGUACGUGCGCAAGUGGUGGGCGGCCGUCGACUGGAAAAAGGUCGAGGACGCGUUCGACGCUUUCACUCGCAAGGCGCGCGUGUGA